GCAGCGCUUCCUCCGCCCCGGCGGGUUCCAACGGGCCUGCCGGCCGGGUGAGCGCGGCGACGACGGGCCGGGCUGCGCGCGAGGACAAGGGCGAGGAGGAAGCGGCGGCGGUGGCGGCGGCGGGACUGCGCGCCCGGAGCCCCGUUCCGCGUCCCCGCCGCCGGGAGGAGUGCCCGCUCGCUCGCGGCGCGCGCCGGGCCGCCAGACUCGGCCUGUGGGCGAUUUCCUCCGGACCCGAGCUCCCCGCCCGAGGAGGAAGAUGCAGACCUUUCUGAAAGGGAAGCGAGUUGGCUACUGGCUGAGCGAGAAGAAAAUCAAGAAGCUGAAUUUCCAGGCCUUCGCCGAGCUGUGCAGGAAACGAGGGAUAGAAGUCGUGCAGCUGAACCUUAACCGGCCAAUCGAGGAGCAGGGCCCCCUGGACGUCAUCAUCCACAAGCUGACUGAUGUUAUCCUAGAAGCCGACCAGAACGACAGCCAGUCCCUGGAGCUAGUGCACAGGUUCCAGGAAUACAUCGAUGCCCACCCUGAGACCAUUGUCCUGGACCCACUUCCCGCCAUCAGGACCCUGCUUGACCGCUCCAAGUCCUACGAGCUCAUCCGGAAGAUCGAGGCCUACAUGAAAGACGACAGGAUCUGCUCGCCACCCUUUAUGGAGCUCACGAGCACGAGCCUGUGUGGGGAUGACACCAUGAGGCUCCUGGAGAAGAACGGCCUGGCGUUCCCGUUCAUUUGCAAGACCAGAGUGGCUCAUGGCACCAACUCUCACGAGAUGGCCAUCGUGUUCAAUCAGGAAGGCCUGAGCGCCAUCCAGCCACCCUGCGUGGUGCAGAACUUCAUUAGCCACAAUGCUGUCCUGUACAAGGUGUUCGUGGUUGGUGAAUCCUACACUGUGGUCCAGAGGCCCUCCCUGAAGAACUUCUCUGCGGGCAUGUCAGGCUCCUCCCCAGGACGAUCUCUCAUGCCCCCCGUCUGGACUGGCUCUGGUCGUAGCGGCGGGAGGACUGUCGGGCACACCGGGGCGGCAAGGGGCCUGCGUGCCCCGCUAGCGGGAAGGAUGCCAGAUCGUGAGUCCAUCUUCUUCAACAGCCACAACGUGUCGAAGCCAGAGUCAUCAUCCAUCCUGACCGCGCUGGACAAGAUCGAGGGCGUGUUCGCGCGGCCAAGUGAUGAGGUCAUCCGGGAGCUCUCCCGGGCCCUGCGGCAGGCGCUGGGCGUCUCUCUCUUUGGGAUCGACAUCAUCAUCAACAACCAGACCGGGCAGCAUGCUGUCAUCGACAUCAACGCCUUCCCCGGCUACGAGGGUGUAAGCGAGUUCUUCACGGACCUCCUGAACCACAUCGCCACCAUCCUGCAGGGCCAGAGUGCAGCCACGGCAGCUGCAGGGGAUGUGGCCCCACUAAGGCACAGCAGGCUCCUGGCAGAGCAGGCGGGCAGCCUGGCAGGCGAGCGGACAUGCGGCACUGGCCCUGGCUGCUGUGGCAGCACAAUGGGCCGGGACCCACCCUGGAUGGCGGAGGCCGACGCGGGCAGCGUGGGUGCAGGUGGCACCACCAAGCUGCCACACCAGAGACUCGGCUGCACCGCCGCUGUGUCACCCAGCUUCCAGCAGCAUUGUGUGGCCUCGCUGGCCACUAAGGCCUCCUCCCAGUAGCCAUGGAGCCCAGGACCCGGAGGGGUGGCGUGGGCCGCGGAGCACACCUGCUGGGCAAGCAGCUUCCAGUGGGGACGCUACUACUAAGAAUUCCCAACCAUCUGAUCCUUUUUGUUUUUUUUUUUUAAUUUUUAACCUGAUUUUCUGAUGAUCUGAAUGAGGGGUGGGUGGGGGAAUGUGGAAGAGAUCCCCAAGUGGUCCAGCCUUGCAGAAAAGGGCCAUCCCGCCUAAUACCUGCUGUGCAGAUCUCUUCACUGAGUUUACACAUGCUUGUGUUUUCAACACUAGGUCUGAAUGUGAGGUGGAGCAUGUGUGUGUGUGAUUGCCGUGUGUGUGUGAGUGCGUGUGCAUAUCCACAUCUGUUCGUCUGGAUGGCUUGCUGUGAAUCAGGCCUCAGGGAGCCUGGAGGGGGCCGCACCGGCCAGGCUGUCGGCAGCUGAGCAGAGCCAACGAACAGUUGCCUGGCUCACUCUCCUCCAAGCGCCCACACCGAGGCCUGGCCCUGUGCGUUUCCCCCGCUGCUGGCUGCCUCCGCAGCUUUGUGAGGAGUGGGGCCUGAAGACCCGCCCCAGGGUGCCGCUGCACCUACUGAAAGUGGGAGCCAGAGUUGGCGAGAAGCCGCAGCUGCGUUUCCCUGGCAGGGGCCAGGGUAAGGGGGUGUAUUCCUAGCAGGGCGUCUGGGCUGCGGUCUACUUGCUGCCCUCAUGAAGGGGAAGGAGAAGAAGGCCUCCAGGGGAGGCCAAGGCCUCGUAGGCUGCCUCUCUCCAUGUCCAGUACCCCAACACGUGUCCCACACAGCCCUGCGAGGAGGCCUUCCUAGCUGACCAAGCACUGCUGCUCCCAGGACCCAAGAGGAGGCUGCCUGACUGGGAGGCCCUGGGCAGAUCCCGCCUGUGCCAAGGAUUUGUGCUGUUUCUUUGGGCAAGUCAUUCCAAGAGACCCCGGGCCUCCAGCGUGCCCUCGUUUCUGACGGCUACGAGGAGACCAGAGGACACUGAAGUGUGGGCUUGAUGCCCUUGCCCCUGCAAUGCAGCCUGCUUCUCCACCAAGUCGGCCCAGAUGAGCCUCCCCCCAGCAUGGAGGCAAUUUGGGGCUCUCUUCUCGGGCAGCAGGAGGCUGUCCAUAUUCUUCACUCCUGUUCACACCUGCCCAGUUCCUGCUUCCCAGCUGGCCUGAUCCAGCCCCUUCCAUGUCCUCUGCGAGCCCCAAGCACUGUGCCAGCCGGGCGCGAGGGAGCUGCAGCCCCAGAGGUCCGCAGAGGACAUGCUGCCCCUCCUGCAUUAGUCACCCCCGGCCCUGAUGGUAGCAGACAGACCACUGGCUGAUCAUACUAGAUCCCACAGCCCAGGUGGGCUGACAUCCCCCUCUGCAGAGAAAGGGCCCAGUGAGGCGCUUUGUCAGUCGGACAGUGUGAGCCCUGGGCAAGAUGCAAAGGACCCUGAGUGUGUCUUGAUUUAAGAUAUCAGUUCACUUUGAGAAAGGAAGAAAGGCCUCUGGGCCAUCCUGUGGUCCUGGAAGGGUGCCCCAAGAGAGUCUGUUGACUGGGUGCUCGGAGGUACCUUCAGUCCCGCCCACCUUGGAGAAGAAAGGGCUGGGUGGUAACUGCCAGGAGGCGGCGCGCGGCCUGGGGUGAGGCGGGCCCAUCAGACCUGCCCGGCUCUCCUGGACACCAUGGGCCUGCCGACUGCCGCGUUUACACGACUUGGGUGUUGAAUCCUGAUUAUAAUGUCUGUACUGUGCCUUUCCUAGGCUACCCGAGUCCCAGGGAAGCAGGAAAGCGUGGCUGGCCUCUUGCACUGCUUUGUCUCCAAAAUAAAACUACUGAAAUCAAA